AUGUCAAACUCUAAAGUAGCUAUCAUUACCGGCGGUGCCUCGGGGCUGGGGUUUGCCGUUGCGGAACUACUUUCCAGCAAAAGUUGGCGAGUUCACAUUUUCGACUUAAAUGAACCUAACAAAGCCACUGAUUGUACCUAUCACAAAGUUGACGUUGAUUCUUGGGUCUCUCUCUCUUCUUCCUUCAAUGCCGUCUUUAAAGCAGAAGGUCGGCUUGACUUUGUGUUCGCGAACGCCGGUGUUAUGGAAAAGGGGAGGUUCUACGAGACACAUGAAGCUUCCUUGCCACCACCAGAACUAGAGGAUAUGAGUAUCGAUGUGAGCUUGAAAGGCGUCAUUAAAACGACUUAUCUUGCGCAGCAUUACUUCAGGGCCAACCAACACGGUGGCAAGGACUGCGUUCUCGUCAUGACAUCUAGUAUAGCAGGCAUAUACCCACAAUCGAUUACACCGUUAUACGCAGCGGCCAAAGCAGGCAUAUUAAAUUUCAUGCGCUCGGUCGCUCCUAUCUUCUAUGAUGAGAAUGGUGUAAGGACGUACGCCAUUUGUCCCGGAUCUGUACGAACAAAUCUGUUGCCCAAGGAAGCAUGGGACGCAUAUCCACAAGAGUACCUCACAAAGAUGGAGAAAGUGACAUCAACGGUUGAGUCUCUCGUCCAUGGCGUCUCGAUGAGCGAUUCCUGGGGUCAGAAACUUGAGAAUUCUACCGUCGGUAUCGCUAUCGAAAUCUUUGUAGAUGAUGUGUAUUUCAGGAAACCGCCCGAUCCAUGCAAUGAUGGCAUGAGCUUUAUCUUGGAGCACAUGAGCCCAGUGAAGAAAGAGGAUGCAGGCCAAAGGAGUGCAUAG